UCAAGAAUAAGAUCCAAAACUGAUUUGCUUUGGUGGAGCAAUUAAAAAAAAAUUCCUGGCGCAACUGUAUUGAGACAGGCACACAGAAACUAAAAUGAAUACAAAGACAACUGCGCUCUUGUUUAUCUCCCUGUGGGCUCUAUCCUGUGCUCGUCCUGUAUCCAGACACCAAGGUGCACAUCGCAGGAGCUCUGAAGAACACUGGCCUACAGCAAUCGAAGGAAGUCUGAAUGAAGUAGCUGAUUCCACAGAUGUUAGUGAUGAAGACCCAGGGAGCCGGCUAAGCGUGAGCACAGAAAGCCAAAGAAGAGAUGACAGUGUCAAUAAAUAUGAGAGCACUAGCCACGAAAGUAGUGAAGGCAACAACUUUCUCAGGAAAGGUUCCAGAAUAAGCUUUGAGAGGUCCUCAGAAGACGACCAUGAAUGGAGCCCGUGGGACAAUGAUGGGGGCAAUUAUUUUAGACUCCACCACCAGGCAGUCCAGAGGAAAUGGGCAGAUGACAAGGAUUCCCAUGAGCAUGGGGACAGUUCUGAUUUUCAGUCUGCUGACAGAAUGUCACUGGAGGAUCAAAAUGAGAUUCAUGAAGACCACCUUUACAAUGAUAUCAGAAAAUCCAAAGAACAGUUUGAUGUUGAAAAUGACGGCAUGCUUUAUACACCUGAUCAAGUCUUGUAUACAUUCACGGGGAAGGGAGCAAGUGAUCUGACAUAUGAUGAAGAUAUAAGUGGUGAUGAUUUGGAUGGACAUAAUGAGGAAGCCACUUAUGGGAAAGAUGUUGGGCACACUGUACCUCCGUACGAAGGAGGUGAUCAGCAAACUUCGGUGACCAAUGGGGGACAAGAUGGUCACAACGCUAUAGGCCGACACCAUGAUGGCAGUAGCAGCAGCAGCAGCAGCAGCAGUAGCGAGAGCAGAGAAUUAGAUAAAGAGAACAACCACAUUACUGAUUAUGGCAAAAGACAUGGAAGUGAUAGUUACAGCAGCAGCCAAGAGGACAGAUAUGAUUUUGAUGAUGAAGGAAUGCAAGGAGAUGAUCCGAGAAUUUUUGAGAGCCUUGACAGUGACUCUCGCAUGCUUCAUGGGGAUGUCCAUUCAAAAGAAAGCAGCCAGGAAAGCAGCAGAGAAAAUGGGAAAGGAAAAGCCAAACAUCACAGCAAAUCAGUGGAACAUUUUGCCAGGAAAGUAUACCAUUAUGCUGAUGGUGAUUCGGAUGAAGAUCACAGUCCUGAACAAGAUGAGAACAAAUCCCUGCAAGAGGAUGAUGCUGGGUCUAAAGAAGAAAGCCAGUCUAUAGAAAACAUCAGUCAAUUGGCAGAGAAAGUUCCCAGUAGAUCCAGGGAGCAUGGAGCUAGUCGUUCCAGAGAGGCUGUAGAGCGCUCAUCCAGAGGGCACAGUCAUAGCAAGUCCAGAGAGAACUUUGACAGCCAAUCCAGGGAAGAUUUGCACAGCCGAUCCAGGGAAGUCAGACACAGCCAGUCCAGGGAAGAUGUGCAUAGCCAGUCCAGGGAAGAUGUGCACAGCCGAUCCAGGGAAGAUGUGCACAGCCGAUCCAGGGAAGAUGUGCACAGUCAGUCCAGGGAAGAUGUGCAUAGCCAGUCUACAGAAGACGUACACAGCCAGUCUACAGAAGAUGUGCACAGUCAGUCCAGAGAAGAUAUACACAGCCAGUCCAGGGAGGAUACAAAUAGCCAGUCAAGGGAACAUGCACACAGCCAGUCCAGAGAACUCAUGCCUAGUCAGUCUACAGAGGAUGAGAACAGUCAGUCUCGAGAGGAUAAUGACACCGCAUCUGUAGAAGACAUAAAGAGUGAAUCUACUGAAGAUAGCAGGAGCUCCCAUGAAGAGACUGUGAGAAUGUCUAAAGAGAUAAGUGACAGAUCAGAUGAACACAGUGCUAGUAAAUCUAAAGAGCAGGACAGCGACUCUACCGAAGUAGGAAAAGUGCCACCAAGGGGAGGUGAAUCCAGAGAGUUUAAGAGACAACACAGCAGAUCAAGUGAGAACAGCAAGUCUACAGAAGAGAGUAAAGAAUCACCUGAAGACACAGAUGAAUCCAGCCAGAGUGAUAGCAGGUUGUCACACAGUACAUCAUCUGAGAGCAGCAAAGAGUCCCAAGACAGUGCCAGUAGUGAAGACAGUGAUUCAAAUGAUCUUAGGUCUGAAGAAUGGCAAGACCAACACAGCCAAUCAACAGAAACCAGUGAAUCCAAAGGAGAGGAAAACAGUUAUUCUAUAGAAAGGCACAGCCAAUCCAGAGAGGACACAAUGAGCAACUCUGAUAGUACGGAAGACAAGAGCUGGUCAAGGAGCAUGGAGCUCGAAAGCCGAAAGUUAAUGCUUGACAUUUAUCAUAAUAAGCCUUUUAGUGAUUAUGAUGAUAAUGAUUGCCAGGAUGGGUAUUAAAUGCAUUAAAAACAAACCCAGCUCUACAUAGCAUUUUGAGAUCAAGAUGUGAUCUCUUCUUUUAAUUUAUUUUAUCAUUUUUUGCAAUGUGAAUAUUGAUAGCUGGAAAUUAGAGUCACCACCAAAUUUCACUUAAAGAGAAAUUUGAGAUGAAUUUGGAGGUUCCUACUGAGGGAUUUCAAAGGAGAAAAAAUCAGUUUCGGUAAUUAGCAGAAGGCAUCAAGUGGGUUUUGACAUAUCUUCAGGUUGCCACUGAAUUCUACUUAAAGCGCAUGUCAAGGCAAAUUUGGAGGUUCCUCCUCAGGUAAAACAUCUGAGGAAUUUUGAGGUAGACUAAAAGAUUUUGCUAACACCUGUGGAAGCCACCAGGAACUUUGCCUAGCACCCAGGUUGGGAAUCUGGGGCUUUCCAGAGGUUGCUAUACUACAACUCCCAUCACCUCUGACCAUUCAUCAUUCUGACUGGGGCUGAUGGGAGUUGGAGUCCAACAACCUCUGAAAGGCCACAGCUCCCUCACCCUUGCCCUAACAAACUGUUUCUGCCACUACCACCGAAUUUUUUCAGGUGUGUUGUGUAUGUGUCUUGAAUAGCCCAACUGGAAAUGGUAUUUUAUUACCAAAAUAAAAGGUCCAGGGACAUGUAGAUUGUCACUGUUGCAGCUGAUAUCUUAAGUGAAACUUGUCUCCUAUAAACCGCAGCCACCUUUCAUGAGGCCUUACUUCAUGUUCUCCCUAUUCAAGAAAUUGGAUCAAUAGUGGCAUGUAACAGAACUUUUUUUGGCCGUUGUUUCACAGCUGUGAAGUGCCCUGCUAUGAAGAUUUCUGUCUGCAAACUGCUUGUGCCAAUGUCACUGGCAUCAAUUGCCCAGUGCCCGUGACAUCACUGAUGACACAAGGAAUACAUUUCCUUCCCUCCAUUCUUGGGCAGUUUUUGGUAUUUGGAGAAGAGAGUAGCUUUUUCAUUUUGUAAAGUUCUUUUGAGGGUGGAUACUUCUCUUCUGCAUUAGCACAAUUAGCUGUUUAAAAGCAGUGAAAGCAUGUGGGACUAUUUCCUCAACACCAUUUCCCAGUACUAAUUUUUUUAAAAAAAUUGGUAUGUGCUUGAACAUGAGUCUUCAUUUUUAAAGAGAACAAAAAGGGAGCAGAUCUUUCUAUGCACCAAAGCUGCUCACAUACAAAAAAGCUUCUGACUCCCCCCCAAAUCACAAUUUAAUCUGAAUAACUAGAGCACUCCAGAUACAAGACUGGUGCUUGAGCAAUGGGAUAUCUGAAAGAGGAGCCAUUUCCCAUUGCCUGUAAAUGUAAAUUCGCAUCUAUGCACAGCCUAGGGUAGACAUAGAUUCCUAAUACAUGGUAGCCGACUCCCGUAUGUACAUGUGUGAGAAUGCAAAGACAUCUAUUAACUGUAGCUACUGCACAGAUAGAAGAUAUUUGCCAUGUGUUAAAUGCCUGAGCACUUAAGCUGACCAAACAGCCUUGGAGGUAUUAUUAAUAUGGGAUGUAUAUGUAAUAUUUUG